GCGGACAACAUGAGGUGCGCGUCGCAAUUGUCGGCCCAUUCGCCGGGUAGCGUAGAUUAGAAUUGAGUCAGUCCGUCAGUGCACGCCACACCGGUAUCGGACGAGGUUGUCGCGCGUUCGCGGAAAAAUCGCUGUAUCUGUGUAUAAACGUAUUUACACACGUAUUUUUUUAGUGUAACGUUUUACAAAUAAAUUACAGUGCUGUGUUUGAAAAUUAUAUUUUUUAUUGUGUAAUGUGAAAGAAUUAUGACAAGUGUGUUAAAAAAAUCUAGAGGCACUAAAGGUAAAUCUGAAUCCAUGCAGGAGGAUCUGCCUGCGAGAUGGGGGGACGUUUCCCGCGAAAAGAAGUCUGAGGACGUUGCUAAAUUGAUAAGAUGUAUCGACGACAACAUUAUUGGAAAAGGAAAUUCGUUUUGUGGACCCUUCGGCAGGAGAAAAGUGGUAUACUGCGAUUACAACGGGUCAGGGCGCGCCAUACAAUGGAUAGAAGACUACAUGGCAAGAGAUGUAUUGCCCACGCACGCCACGAGGUGCACCGGCCUAACUUAUACUUCAGGACAGAGCGAGUUAUACAGGACAGAAUCGAAGUCAAUAAUAAGAAGCUUGGUGGGGGCUUGUCCUGAAGAUGUGGCAGUGGUGGGGGCCACGCUGGUGCGGUUCCUCAGGGCACUGCGACCAGAGAAGGUGGUUCUCUUCGUGUCCUCCAGAGAGACCGAGAGACAAAUCUCGCCGUGGAGAGAAUAUGACACUGAAGUCAUCAAAAUCCCAGAAACAAAGGAAGGCUACAUAGACCUGAAUAACUUGGAACAAAGGCUCCAGCAGUAUUCUACUUCGGGGAAAAGAAUGAUCGGAUUCUUUCCAGCAGCUUCGAAACUAACAGGAGUUCUAGCUGAUGAUGUAGCCACGACCCUGUUGCUUCACCAGUAUGGCGCCUGGUCUUUUUGGGACUACACAUUAGUAGCACCAUCAUCAGCUGUUGAUAUGAACCCGACGUUCCCCGGAGUAGACGAAGAAAUGGUGAAGAAAGAUGCCCUGUUCUUCAACUGUGAGAAGUUCGUUGGGGGAGUCCAGGGUCCUAGUGUGGUGAUCGUGAAGAAGGAUGUGUUCAGCAAUACACCAAUUUAUUCUGAUGAUGUUGAGGUUUUGAGUGAGAGGAUUGAAGAGUUGAAGUCUGCGGAAGGUGUGAGAGCAGCCCUGGUGAUGCAGCUGCGGGAUGCUGUUGGCUUGCAGACCAUAGUCGAGAGACAAGAUAAUAUCAGCAAACAAGUCCUCUCCCACAUAAAGAACAUCCCGGAGCUAAUUCUUCUUGGAAACGUUUCUCCGACGGUGAGAAGACUGCCAAUCUUCUCUUUGAUGGUGAAGCACCCACGAGGAACCUUCCUCCACCACAAUUUCAUCUGCGCAGUCCUGAAUGAUGUCUUCGGAAUUCAAGCUAGAGGUGGACUGUCAAGCAAUCUGAACUACGGUUCUGAUGUCCUUGGAAUCGACACACAACUGCUAAGGGAAUAUGAGAAACUAUUAGAUGUCGAAGCGCAAAAAGAAAUCGCUAGAGUACGGAAAAUAAGCGACGUGAAGGCACCAGAAGUACCAAUUUAUAAUGAACAUCUAAGACCUGGAUUCUGCAGAGUUUCUUUGCCUUUCUUCAUGUCAGAUUCUGAACUGGCUUUCGUUCUUGAGGCUUUGAAGAUGGUGGCUACAGAAGGUUGGAAGAUUCUGCCACAGUAUGUGGUGAACCCUGAAACUGGUCAAUGGAGACACCAUACAUGUGCGGUGCUCAGGGACAGAAAGUCAUUGCACUCACUGAGGUUCAAUGAUGGGAAGAUGACUGCACAUGAAAGAAGAGUUUCUGGUCCAGGAAUAUUCCCUCAAACAUACACCGAAACUCUGCAGACGGCGAGAAAUCUAUUCAACAGAGCGAGAAAACUAGCAAUGAAGUGCUCAACUGCUGAGCCAGAAGUCAGUUUCAAUCCUCGCAUAGACUAUCUCAGAUGGUUUAUGCUGCCCAAAGAAGCCCACGACCUCCUACUUGGUCGAUCGGGCAAUGUCAAACAUAUUGUGCCAUUUGACCCCUCAGGGUACACGGGAGCUAGAAAGAGCCUAAAUCUCACAAGGUCUUCCAUUACGUCGUCACCCAUUUUGGGAUCGUCGCCGAGGCAUUUCAGUCUUUCGGCGAUAGACGACUGCCAUAUAUUCAGACUGAAACAAAAACAGAAGUUUUACUCACGAGAGUCAAGUCUGCGGGAAACACACAAGGAAGAAGCUGAAACGCCUCUUCCAGUACAAUUUGCAGUCGGGGAAUCUGUAUCACCGCUACGCUUGAUACCUCAAAAUAGACAACCCCUGCUGGUUAGAUCCAGAUGCUACAGUUUAGGAUCUGACAGUCCUCCAGCCGCACUAAGCGCACAAACUAAGUUGAAUUUGGGCUUGAAGGAAACCAGCCCAAACAACGUCAUAGAGAAAUCAAACUUUUGUAAUUGUGGAAGUCAGACAGAUCUGCAAUCUCUAGACGACCCGAUGAUCUCACCCGGCAAGGCAUUCCCCUUCAGUACACAAAGCAGUGCUUCAAUAUCUGACUGCAGCCAAGUAGGCCGAACAUCGCCAACUACUUCACUAAACUCUCAAACAUCAGAAGAUAUCCAGGCUUAUGUCAAAGAAAUGACCAGAGAAAUAGCUACAGAAAUAAAGUCAGAAAUACGCGAAGUCAUAUCCAAGGUGGACGACAUUUUAGAGAAUUCAGACUCGCUCGAACAGUCGAAUCUUAGCAUGAAUUCAAUUUCUAGUCAGAGCGAUAAGAAUUCAGUGUCAGUCAUAGACGUAGCUGAGUACCUCAUGGGCAUGUCAAGAGAAAUGGCUUCUGAAGUGAAACAUGAAAUUCGUGAAAUGGUAAACCAAGUUGACGAGAUGAUUUCACCGGACUACACUGGGUCUUGUUCUCGCAAGAGUUCUCCGCCGCAAACUGGAAGACAAAGAAUUGGUUCAGGGCCAGAAUUAGGUUUGGAUCUUAAGAAACCUACCGCUAGCUUGAAGAAGUGUCCCACUAGUCCUGUACUGCCUCAGUAUGAUGAAGAUGACAGUCGUUACUGCAAGCGCUCUCCAACGACAAAUUCACCGAAGUCAGCACAAUGUACGCCUUCUCACGAAGCCUCUGGACCAAACAGCAUCUCAUUCAAUUCAAGCGAGACAUCAACACCUGACACCAUAAUACAAGUAGUCACAACUCAGAACUCGCCAGUUCUCCCCAAAUCUUUAAGUUCAAACAAAUUAUCAGAUGACGAAGCGAGCUGUACCGACGCCGCCUGCAGACAUUGUUCUAUUAAGAAAAAUUGGUGCCAAAAUCCUUCAGUGAGUUCUCAGGACAGUGGCAUCAAUAUGACAUUCACGGAAACUGAUUCAUUUUUAGAAUUUGAUCCACUAAACAAGACAAGAAAGUGCCAAGUUAGGAUGCGAAUCUGUUCGAAGCACGAGAAGAGUGAAGUACCAGACAUCAUCGAAGGAGUUCCAGUGUGCUCCGGUGACCACGUGCGGCAGACCAAGCGAUAUGAAACCACAGAUACAAGCAGGGUCGUGUUUGCUGAAGACCCGGAAAGAGAAAAUAGAGCCUCGACCACCGUAGUGGAGUCAAAGCGCUCCAGUCGCUCAUCCAAUGCUUCCUCCAGCUGCUCAGAUCGAAGCUCGCGAUCCAGCGGCUAUGGGACCGACCAGAGGACCCAUGAUGAACGGUAUUAUGAUAGGAGCGAGUCAGAGUGUCGCACCUUCAAACCCCAAUGGGAGGAGGAACGUGAAGAACAUGAGGACAGUAGCGCGUGCAGUGAUGCCUCUCUGACAGACUUGACGCUGGAUGAUGACAGCAACUGGCACUGCCCGCCCAGAGCUGUGUGGAAACCCACAGUUGAGGCUAUCCACGAGUACAGCAUGAUCAGACCUGGCGACAAGGUGCUGAUCUGCCUCUCUGGUGGUAGCAGCUCCAUUGCUCUGCUGCAUACGAUGCACCAGUAUCAGCUCUACUGCCGAGCUAAGGGCAUACACUUCAGUAUUGGAGCUCUUUUCGUUCACGAGCCGAGUUCACAAGUGGACCCACUGCAUUUGAUGGCCUACUGCAGAACACUUGGCGUCAAGUUCAUUUACGAAGACAAGUUUGAAGAGGAUGAGCCUGAAAAUGCAAUCUGCACAACUCCUUGGAGCCUGGCAGCUGAAGCGACCCGUUGGACGUGUCGUAGCACUCGCAAGCGUGUCCUGACUACGGCCGUAGCACACGGCUACGGCGUAGCGGCGCUGGCGCAGCAUCUGGACCGCGCUGCUACGGCGUUCAUAACUGCCGCCAUGCAUGCUGGCACUCUGAGGACUUUGAGACCACAUUAUACUCUGCGUGACCACGACAUUCGCAUCAUUCGUCCGUUCAUCUACGUGCGUUCCCGCUCGCUGGCCGCCUUCGCGUGCGCGCGCAGCCUGCCCGACUUCCGCGUGCCCAGUGAUGUCACUCCUCACACACCGCCUAGCGAUGAUGGUGGAGAUAAUAGCAAAGACGACAUAAUGGACCGCACAAUCACCGAAGCUUGCACAUCAGACAAGAGACCUGGCACCCGCGACGACCUACAGGACAAAUCUCUCGCAGCAUCUUUAGCAGAACCACUGGAAACCGCUCGAGAUCUGCUGGCUUCCCAGGAGAGAAUGUACCCGUACCUCUUCACCAGUCUCAAGAGUGCGUUACGACCUCUUUUUAAUGGCAGAGACAUGAACAAGGACCAGAAAGAGCAACGCCACAGAAAGAAGUCGGUCAUACAGAUGCGGAACGGAGCGCCCGUCUAUGACUCUGAUGAGGAUAGUGAAGAAGAAUUGGUUCCAUAGUUCAUCGCUGCCUGCUACAGCUGCCUGUCUCCCAAUCCUGGAUGCCAGGUCCUAUAAACUUGGUCCAUAAAAUCAGAAAAUAAUAAGCCUAUCAAUGGUCUAGAAAACUUUGCAUUCAACCGUCGAGAGGAAUGAAUUCUUUUAUCGUUCUUCUAUCACCACUUAUUGUAUUUAUUCUUCUACAUAAUAACAGCUGUAAGCAGGAAUCUUAUAUUUUUUUUGCCAUCAAAUACAAAGAUGGUACAUUUCUGUAUAUUAUAACGUGGUGGCCAUAAACGGCUUGGUGUUGCCAGCCGAAAAAUUAGAUGUGUUCCAGGUGUGAUAGGUUGCGAUGCAGGUGAAUGUGAUUCACCCCAAGUGUUUUGUGCCAUUUGGCAUUUUGUUCUGGUAGAGUGUUCCGGCUCGUGAUUUCUCAGUGAUCGUUUACUUGUGAUCAACUAUGUUAUUCUAUACGAUGGGAUUUUUGUGGCUCUAGAGAUCAAUUGCUCGUAUGUAUUGUAGGUUAGAACUUCUGGAAGUUGUUGCUUGAAAAUUAUUAGUAUUUAAAUGUUGUUUGAUGCGAUUGAAGGAGAAUAUGUACGAACAAUGGUCAUUGGAGAAGAUUUUACUGAGUAGGGCCACUUAAAUACCACCGUAAUAAUGUUCUAGUUUGUAAGUUAGAGUGAGUGUAAACUUUGAGUUGACGUUAGUUUCAGGAUGCCAUGUUGAUGUUUUGUUACUAAAAUGGUAGGAUUUUUUUUAUUGUAAUGUGUAACUGUGGAAUUGAAACAAAGUGCAUUUGUUACAGUCUGUUAUUGUAAUAUUAAGAAAUAUAUUUUUCAAUGUUGUUGUAUGAAUUGAGAUGUAUGAAUACGAAACUUAUAUUGUAUAACGAGGUCUAUUUAUUCAGUCGAUUGAUGAGAGUUUAAAAAAUAUAUCCAAGUGUUACUAUACAUUGAUUUUAUUUUAGGUACAUUUUAUGUACCGUACGAGGUACCUAAAUACUAUUUUAAGAAUCGUAGCUACGACGAUAUAAUAUUAGAAUAAAAGAUUUAAUUAUACAAGUUUACAAAGUAGCAAGUAUCAAAGCUGUUAUUUGUACAAACUUUGUAGUUGUAGUUUCUUACGCUUUUUAUAAAGAUAUUAAUUUGCUUGUCUAUGGCAGCAGUGUUGCCUGUAUUUGUUUAUGUUUAUUGUGAAUGAGUUCUUACUACAUUUUCUACAACGAGAGUGAAUGGUUUAUUUUUGUGGUGUCAUCAGCAAUCACUUUCCAUGAGCAUUACCCUCCUUUGGCUUCGUAGUCGGGUAAGCUCCAGGAAUAUGGCUGCUGAUGCAAGACUGAAUUUUCUGAAUGUUGAAAACUCAUUUUAUAUAUUUUUUCAUUAAGUUUUUAUGAUAUAAUUUUGCAUUAAUACGUGACUACUUAUUUACUAGAUAUUUUGUAUUGCUCUUGUAUGCAACUGUAGGAUAAGAAAGAGUCCUAAUUAUUUGGGAUGCAAAUAUUAAUAAGUGUGAACUACGAUAAUCUUGAAACAAGUCCCAUUAAUUGCUUCCAUGAUAUAUAUGAUAUAAUUAUUGUAUUCAUAUACAUAUUGUCGUAUGAAAUAAAAAUAUGUUUUAAUGAA